CCUUGUAAAAAAUUGAUUUUCAUUAUAAAAAAUAAAAAAAAUACAUCUGGGUCGAAUACGGUCCUCAAAAUUGUCACAGAAAACGUCAAAACAUCUUUAUGGUUAUGUCGCCCCAAAACACAUAAAUCCCGAUAAAAACGCUGAUAUUUCAUCUCAUGAACGCAUAACAUACUCCCACCAAAAUGUCGUCAUCCGAGGUGACGAAGCUCCAGCAGCAUCUUUCGUUGCUCAAAGAGGAGUAUUCGAAGCUGCAAUCGAAGUACAAAGACGUGGAAUCGAAGUACAACGCAAUAGCAGCUUCGAACGGUGAAUUGAACGAAGACUCGUUCGCAUCGCGUUUAAUUAAAACAAUCGCCGACCUGUAUAAUAGUAAAACCUACAGUGAUAUCACCAUUAAAUUGUUGGACGAGGAGAUACACGCCCAUAAACUAGUGCUGAGCUCACGUUCCGAUGUUUGGAACUCACACACAAUCAGUUCAUUAAAAGAGCUGGACUGGACAGAGGAAGACCCAAACGUGUCAAAAACGAUAAUUCAAUGGUUGUACACGAGCAACGUGAAACUGUCUGCGGACGAUUUCACUCUGAAACUAAUAAAAAAAGCCCAUGAAUACUCCCUGAACCCUUUAGUAGAACAAUGUGAGCAACAUCUGAUUAGCAUCGUCAGCAUCCGCAAAUGCGUCCGGUUCUAUUCAAUUGCCGAGGAAAUAAAUGCCGUCAAUUUGCGCGAGUACUGUUCCGGAUUGAUUUCGACCCACUGGGACGAUUUGAACGCGUCCGACUUCGAACACAUGGAUGGACCUUUGCUGUACAAGAUGCUGAAGAGCAAGUCGCAGCUUCCGUUGCACAGCGCCGUGAGGCUGCAGCGUGAGGACGUGGUUUUCCUGUGCCUAGUAGAGAAUUCGAGCAAGCUGUCCGACAUAGUGAACGUUUGGAGCCCCACAGGGGAACUACCCCUAGAUCUGGCGCUUAGAUCUCACAACGAAAGCAUCGCAGCUACUCUGGUGCAACACAACGCCGACAUCAACAUCCGGGACGCCGAUGGCGACAGUCUCCUGCAUCGUGCUAUCAAAAAGGCGGACGCCUUUUCCGCCCUGUUCCUCUUGGACCGCAAUUGCGACGCCACCUUAUCUACCCGAAACGAGAACGACUCCCCGCUACAUUUGGUGGCCGGGGCCACCGAUCUGGACCAAAGCGAGAUGAUUACGGAGAAACUGAUCAACAAGAACGUCAACGUUAAUGCUCAAAAUCGACUGGGAUUUACCGCACUUCACGUGGCCGUCCAAGCAGACAACAAACCACUGUUCGAUCAGCUGCUGCAAGAAAGAAACGUGAAUGUUAACUUGCGAACCAACGACGAACACUCACCCUUGUAUUACGCUUUAUUAAAGUACAAUUCCGGCGACGAUUCGGACGAUUGCUAUGCCGCAAGACUGAUCGAAAACGACUGUCAAACGAAUCCAAUUUAUCGAGAAAACAGCAACAGCCUUUUGCACGUAAUGAUUCGCGACGGCUACAGGAAACCAGCCGUAUUUUUAACUAAACACGUCAACAAUUUGGAUCAUGUCAAUUUGGACGGAGAAACGGCGUUACAUUUGGCGUGUUUGAAUAACUUUCCUGAAGUGGUGGAGGCAAUUUUAUCCCUGGGUUCGAACCCUAAUUUACUCACUAACGAAACGAGACAAUCACCUUUGCAUUACGCAGUUAAAAACAACUCGUUCGACUGCAUUAAAACUUUCAUCGAACACAAUAAAAAACAAGAAGGAAACGUGAACUUCAACGCGCGCGACCUGGAAGGCGACACCCCAAUAAGCGUCGCCUUAAAUCUGGGCUAUCGAGAUCUAGUUCCACUGUUAAUAGAAGGUGGAGCAGAUGUAAACGUACGGAACGGCCGCGACUUCAGCCUCCUCCAUCAGGCUAUAUUAAAAGAAGACCCGCAAACCGCCCUCUUUUUAUUGGAGCAAGGUGUGGAUAUUAACGCCCUCACUACAGACGGCGAAACACCCCUGCAACUCGCCAUCCACUGCAGAUUACCGGAGGUCGUGGACGCUUUAUGUAAACGGGGCGUGGACAUGUCCGCCCCCGACAGGCUAGGAAAUUGCGCCUUGUGGGCAGCUUUGGAUUCGGAAUUGGAAGACAUUGCCGCCAUUUUGGUGAGACACGGUGCUGAUACUGAUUGCUGGGGACCAGGACCAGAUGGAUGUCGUCAGACGCUACUUCACAGAGCUAUUGAUGAGAACAAAGAGAACGCAGCUAUUUUCCUGAUACAAUCAGGCUGUGAUUUGGAUAGUCCGAGGAUGCCAGGCCCUAACGGGGAAGGAGGAGACGAAGCCAAAGACAAAGCGGCACCGCUACACUUGUGUUGCCAGUGGGGGUUAGAAACCGUCGUCCGGACACUAGUGGAGCACAGGGCAAACGUGAACAGCAGAGACUGCGAGAACAAGACGCCUCUGCAUUACGCAAUCGAAAACCAACACAACGGCAUAAUUAAUUUGCUGUUGAGCGUCCCCGAAAUCGACCUAAGUCUAAGAGACAAGUCGGGCUUGUCCCCGUUCGCCGCCGCCCUAACCAACCGCAACAACCGCGCCGCCCAGGCCAUCCUGGACAAAUUACCAACGGCUGCGGAACAGUUCGACUCCAAGGGACACAACUUCUUGCACAUCGCCAUCAAAAAAGGUGACUUCGAGAGCGCCUUGUUCUUGUUAACGGUACACGUGGACGUGAACUCCAGGGUGCAGGACGCAAUGUUGACACCUCCCAUUCAUUUGGCCGCACAGUAUGGCAACGAAACGUUGGUCAGGAGUUUGAUAUUGGCCGGCGCCAGAGUUGACGACAGGGAUGCGCAGAAGAGGACUGCGCUGCACGUGGCCAGCGAGGCGGGAAACGCGCCUGCCGUUGUCGCCCUGUUGCAGAACAACGCGAAUUGCGAUGCCUUGGACGUCGAAAGCAACAACGCCCUCCACAUCGCGGUCAAAGAAGGACACCUCGGUGUUGUGAGAGCGCUGUUGACCGAGUCCAAUAUCGACGCAGAGGCGGUGAACAUGAAGGGCAGAAACCCCUUGCACGAAUUGUGCAGAUAUGGCAAAGACAACGCGGCAGCAAUUUGCGAACUGUUCCUUGAAUGCAUGCCCGACUACCCCAUCAACAAGCCGGACAUUGUUGGCAAUUCGCCGCUUCUCCUCGCGUACAUGAAGGGCAACAGCAGCUUGUGCAAGGUGCUGGUUAAGAGCAACGCCUGUCUGGCAACAGAAAACCAGGAGAGGGUCACGAUUUUCAACUACCAAGUGCCCACAAAGCAACUCCUGAACAAACUGUUGGAUCAGCUCAACAAGCCGGCCGCGUGGUUCAACACGGACGCUUGCCAGGAGUGCGGGAAGAAUUUCUCGAUCACCGUCCGCGCCCACCACUGCAGAUUGUGCGGACGGGCGUUGUGCAGCAAAUGCAGCGACAACGAGAUUCCGAUAAUCAAGUUUGGGGAGAACAAACCGGUCAGAACGUGCAAGAUCUGUUUCGACGUUCUCAAAACUGGCGGACAAUAACGAACAAAUUGCACCGGUCUCGCAUUGAACAAGAAAUUAUGCUUUAUUCAUUGAUUUAUAUUGAUUAACUGGAUUUGUACUGAUUAACUGGACAGUUUCACCAACCAAAGUUUACGAACGAAAUUGUUAUUUGUUUUUAGUUGCGAACAUUCCUGUUUUUGCUUUAAUGUUGUAACGUUGUUAGAUAUUAUCAUUAUAUAUUAUAUUAUAAACUUGUAAUGUAGUUUUUAAGUAUACAAAUAAGUAUAUGUCUACUCAUUAUUAUUAUUAUUAUAUUAUUAUCUAUUAAUUAUUAUUUGAUUAUGAUUUGUAACCGAUAUGUUAUAAUUAUAAUAAACUAUUUAUAUAU